UCCCCGGCACCCUGUCUGGCCUGGCAUGUCAUUCUUCCUGGGCAGGCUGGCCUCCGUGUAGCCAGCCAACCCACCUCUGUCCUUGCCAGCCGUUUCCUGGCUCCUGGAUCUCGGCUCUCGUGGUCCAUCAAGUGCCUUUUGCAUGCCAUUUGCGCGCUCUGCCAACCAGGUUGGUGUCAGCUUCUGUGCGCUCUCAGAGCUUCGGCAUGCUCCAGCGUGGGGCGGGGGCGAGACCGCACCCUCAAGCUCAGCCCCGCCUCUUCAUUGUCCUGCUCCCCUCUCCACGCCCCCCCCCCCUUGGCCCGCCCCUAGCCUUGGCUCACUCUUUCUUGGGCAGACCGGAACCUGCCCUCUCCAGGGACUCCCGCCGUCUUCCCGUCUGAGUGGAUCCUGGCACCCUGGAGGGGUGGCUGCCAGAAGGUCAGGAGGGGUGGUAGUGCCGAGCCGGGUUCUUGCUAGGUAGAAGGGGUCAGAACCUCCUCUGUCUCCCACCUCGAGUGCCCUGAUCCUACGGGUACCAGAGUCUGUGUUGGGGUGUGUAUAGGCCUGCGGGGCCUGUUGAAUUGUUUCUUCAAAUUUUGGGCUUGGAGAAGGGUGGGGAGGCCGGGAGACGUUCCAGCAGCUCAGGAUAGGUGGGGCAGAUUCCAAGGCCUGUCUGCUGCUACUGGUUUACAGGCCCACCCACCAAGUAGGAUACCGGAAGUCCCCCACUCCCAAUAUGGUAAGUGACACAAAGCUACACAGUCCAUAAAGGGGCCACUCAUCUCCGAGGCUUACCUGGCUGCAGCACUGGACUGCUGAUAGCCAUCAUGUGGUAGACCCUUUGGUUAUGCAGCAGUAACUGUUGGGGACUUGGAGGGCCUUUCUGAGUCUCUUCCUUCUUCAGGCAAGCUCUCUCCUCCUUCCAGAUCUGGAGCCUCUUCUCAGCUUGCAGGAAGUGGGUCUCAGCAGAUUUAGUACUGUAGGGUCCAGAUGGGCCCUUAGACUGAGUGGCCCUGUUCUUCCAUUUCAGGCCCUCUCUGAAUUCCCAAAUGAGAAAAGACUAACGUUAGGGCCCUGGAUCUCCAUGCCCUAUGACCUUGCUGAGACCAUUAAGGUAUCCUUUCACUCAGCUCCUGACCAGGAAAGGGCUGGCCACUGGCCCUGGAGUGAAGAGUUGAGGCUAGUGAGUCCAGGAGGUCCUGUCUUGGGACCUUGGGAUGUUGAGUUUUGGCAGAUGUGUGAGAACAUGAGCCUUUCUCUGGUUCCUAGGGAUGCUUCAGCCUGAGAUAGGAUCACAGUGCAUAUAUCUUUACUCUCCUUUUAACAUCCCUGGAUUCAGCCCAGGUAUUUACCAAGGUCUUUGAGAUGGGGUGAUUUCUAUCCUGAGCUGCACCCCCAACCCACCAGCUUUGGCUAUUGGGGCCAGCUUAGUCACCUCCACCUACUUGACAUGGGGAAACUGUUCCUGCCCUGGUGAGAAUCAGGAUGGAGAGGGCUGGUAAUAGGGACAGGUUGCACCAGAGACUCUGACAGCAGGUCUGAGGAUCUCAUAUCUCUGUACAGAAUUCCUACUGGACUCAGAAAAGCAGUCUUUCAGCUCCUUAGCCCAGUGCUGAGUCAUGCUUCACAACGUCAGUCACAGCAAAGGUGUGGUCUACACAGAUACAGCCCUAAUGGGGCAGGACAGGGAAAGUGUGUGGGUAGAUGCUGGAGGGGCCAUGGCCCCCAAUACCUCCUCCCUGUUUCCCCCUGAGCCUCCAGGGGCCUCAAGCAACAUCAUUCCUGUCUACUGUGCUCUCCUCGCCACUGUGGUCCUUGGUCUGCUGGCCUAUGUGGCCUUCAAAUGUUGGCGCUCACAUAAGCAAAGACAACAGUUGGCCAAAGCUCGGACUGUAGAGCUAGGGGACCCUGACAGGGACCAGCGGCACGGUGACAGCAGUGUCUUUGUGGAGUCUCCUCAUUGUCUGGAGCCCUGUAUCCCCAGCCAGGGAGCACAUCCUGACCUUGGUUGCCACCUUUACCUGCAUAUUCCGCAGCAGCAGCAGGAGGAGGUCGAGCGGCUCUUGAUGUUAGGUGAACCUGCCAAGGGCUGGCAGGGGCUGGCAGGCCACCUGGGCUACCAAGCUGAAGCCGUGGAACUCAUGGCCCGUGGCCAGGCACCAGCCUAUGCCCUGCUCAGAGACUGGGCUGCCCAAGAAGGCAGCAGAGCUACCCUCAGAGUGCUGGCGGAUGCCCUGGCUGCCAUAGGCCGAGAAGAUGUGGUCCAGGCUUUGGGCUCACGGGCUGAGGGCUGCUCUGUGGUGUGACAGGCCCGGUGCUCCCUGCACUGGCAGGCACUCCUUACCAUCCUUACUGCCUCAGGUCCCCUUCAUGGGCCUCCUAGUACUUCUGGCUUCUGAAGUUCUGCAGAACACAGAAGAUGCAGCCGCUUCAUGUCCCCUCACCCUCCUUUCCAAGAUAGGAAGCAGAAGUUGGUGGGGUGGGUAAGAUCUGCCCACAGAGCCCCAUUCUGCCUCCCUUUAUUGAGCUCUAGCUAUUUUUUCUAUUGCUUUUAAAUCACAUAUUAAAGGCAAC